AUGAUAGAACGUCCGUCUUUCACCCCCCUUCUGCUGUCGCCACGAGCAGCCAUCGAAGCAUCUCACAGCACCGGCGCCCCUGUUACUGCUGAGGACGAUUCUUUCGCAGGCAUACGACAAGACCUACCCGAACUACAUCAACGACCGGCGAGCGCCAAGCAGACGCUCGAAGCCCGUGUGGACUCGACCACUGUCACCGACGAUGCCUUGCUGCUCGACGCCUGCCAAGCUGAGCAAAUAGACCAGUUUCGCCACGAGAUUCGUCUUUGCCAAGACGACGCGAGAAAAUAUAGACUAUUGCCUACAGACACGAGACGAUCUACUCGGUCAGCACUCAAGCCUGCAGUUCCUGAUUGCUGCAUUCGACCGGGUUGUUUGCCGAGUGCGCUGAGUAUCAUGCUUGGAGGGAAAGCAGGUACAAGCCGUCAAGCCGACCGACAAAUUCCCGAGAGGACGAUAUCUCAGUAUGGGAGCGUCUCGUAUGUGUAGCGAACGGAGGAAUGGAGAUCAAGCACAAGUGCCUGUCGGCCCUGACGGAGGUGAGCCGCUGCUGGGGACUUGACAAGGUCAAGCACUAGCAUUGUGCGGUAGUCGGAGUGCGCACGAAUUGGAACCGUGUCUCCUUGUCCAUUCUCCUGCCUUCUAGUGAAUGCCCUUACGGGAUUUGCAGUUGCGCUGGGCGGUUGGACCUAUUGCUAGGAUCGGCACGUUAUCGAUGUAUCCGACCGCUUCUGUUUCCUGUCUUGCAAGCCUCGAUCAGUUCGACGCUGAAACAAUUCACUCCGUCCGGGAAGCCACUCGGCCGGCCGUGGCUGUGCCUUAACAAACCCGUUAGCCUUUUGCUCCGCAUGGAGACCUUCCCACAGGAGUGUCUCGACCCCAGGCAAAGCCGAGACGAUCCCGCCCCUUCCAUCGUUUGAUUGUUAACAGGCUAGCUAGUCUCUUCAUAGUUCGGUACCGCCCUCCCGCUGGUUCUGCCGGUACUUGCCGGUACUUAAUUAACGCAUUGGCGGCAAUGAAGGGAUACGCUUUCACGACUGAGCGAUCGGCCAAGGAAAAGAGUGGCUCCCAAUAGGUUCACGGGUCCGUACACUCACGGGUCUCUCAUUUGUCAGCAACAUCCACUGUAUUCUUCUUCCCAGCGCUGACCAACAAUCGAUCACAACCACCAUCAUAUUUCUACCAAUGCAUUUAAAUGACCUUCCCCCGCAAGCGUGUUUCUCAUCACAGGAAGAAUUGUUGACAGUCUACCUAUUUGGGCAGCAAUUAGAGACUAUAAGUUCAUUGUACGAAGGUUGACUAUUGGAAGGCAAGGAAGAAUGGAGCGAGAAUUGGCUUCUUAAACACCGGGAAGCUAGAUUCUCUCAACAUAACCACGACACUAAAGACGACCGCAAGCCUUAAGACGAUCUCUAUUCCUGGGACAAUCACGAACCUUAAGACUGGCAGCAAGAAGUGACGCAAGACCAUCCGCAAAACGAACUUGGAGACCCUCGGAUUGAGCCUCAACACGGGCCUUUAAGCAGGUCGCAAGACAAGGGAACAAAACGACUACCUACAUGUAGUAAAUGUCAUUUAGAAGGCCACACAAGGAGUGCGAAAUCUUGUCCCCAACGACACCGCCCCAGCCCCUGCUGAGAAGAAAAAUACAGUGGAUGUUGCUGAC